UGUGUGUGUGUGUGUGUGUGUGUGUGGCGGGGGCAAGUCUCACAGGCUGUCGGCAGUUUCAUCUGGAGGAAUUUUACGCACGAAGCAGACUCUUCGCUACGGGACGGAGUGAAGUUCUAGAGCGUUAAGAAUCGAUAAGUUAAACCAUAUUUUCUUCACAUGAGCGGCCCAGACCUGAAAGUCGAGCGGACCUUCAUCCUGACCUCAGCCUCUGUGAGCCGGUAAGGUAUUAUGGCUGUGCGCUCCAGGACGGGAUUCUACCGGCAGGAGGUGAACAGGACUGUGUGGGAGGUUCCGGAGAGGUACCGGGACUUAAAGCAGAUCGGGACCGGAGCUUAUGGAACAGUGUGUUCUGCGUGGGACCGGCGCUCGGCGACACAGGUGGCCAUCAAGAAAUUGCACCGGCCCUUCCAGUCCAAACUCUUUGCGAAAAGAGCGUACAGAGAGCUGCGACUCCUCAAACACAUGAAGCAUGAAAAUGUGAUCGGACUGCUGGACGUGUUCACCGCUGAGAUCUCGCUGGACCGGCUUCGUGAUUUUUACCUGGUGAUGCCGUUCAUGGGCACCGACCUCGGCAAGCUGAUGAAGCUGGAUCGAUUAUCAGAGGACAGGGUUCAGUUCCUCGUCUAUCAGAUGAUGAGAGGACUCAAGUAUAUCCACUCUGCAGGGAUCAUCCACAGGGAUCUUAAACCUGGAAAUUUAGCCAUUAACCCAGACUGUGAAUUAAAGAUUCUUGACUUUGGCCUGGCGAGGCAGGCGGAUGCAGAGAUGACCGGCUACGUCGUGACGCGCUGGUACAGAGCGCCCGAGGUCAUCCUCAACUGGAUGCACUACACGCAGUCUGUCGAUAUCUGGUCUGCGGGCUGCAUCAUGGCGGAGAUGCUGCUGGGAAAACCGCUCUUCAAGGGAAGCGAUCAUCUGGACCAGCUGAGAGAAAUCAUGAAGAUCACAGGAACGCCGACUGCUGACUUUGUGCUGAAGCUACAAAGCCAAGAUGCCAAAAACUACAUGAGAAGUUUACCAAAAGUGGCAAAAAAAGACUUACACUCCAUCUUCUCCAAGGCCAGUUCAAACGCCGUGUGUGUCCUGGAGAAGAUGCUGCUUCUGGACCCUGAGCAGAGGGUCAGCGCCUCGGAGGCACUGGACCUGCCUUUCUUCAGCGAGUUCAGAGACAUGGAGGAGGAGACCGAGGCGCUGCCGUACGAUCAGACCAUGGACAACACAGACCUGCCGCUGGACCAGUGGAAACGUCACACUUUCACAGAGAUACUGACCUUCAGGCCGCCCAGGGACUCAAAGGAGACGUCACUUUAAGAGCUCACACACGCACACGCUCACAAACCUGCACCCAAAUAUGUUCUCGUUUUUAUUGUGUGUUUUUUAAAGAAGUAAUGGAUGUAAUAGUUUUCUUUUUGUUUUGAAUAAAUGACAUUUGCUCCAUUUUUAA